AGAAGCUCAUGAUACAUGGUCCACAACGGACAAGCAGCCGGAGCGGGGCAGGUUCACACUCUAAUUUCCACACACGUUGAUUGACCGUUGAAAAACAAGGAUCCUAUAUAGAGAUCUCACAACUCACAUGAUUUAUAGCUUGUUAAAAUAAUAGAUCGAGUGAGAGUGGAAAUUAAUGAUGAGCAACAAGAAAGCAGCACAAGUGGUGUUGGUGCCUUCUCCAGGCAUCAGUCAUCUGCUCUCCUCCCUCCAGUUCGCCAAGCUUCUGGUGAACCACGACCACCGUCUCACCGUCAAUAUCAUGCUCAUCAACUCCCAUAUUGACUCCAAAACCACAUCUACAGCAACAAACUCCCUCCACUCUGAGUCCCACCGCAUAAACGUCAUUAACCUGCCCGACUACACUCCCAAACCGCCCUCAUCAGACUCCGAUAGAGCCACCUCCAUGGCCCCUCUCAUCGACUUCAUGAAGCCCCACGUCAGAGAAGCCGUCACCAACCUCACUAGCUCCCCCUCCGCCCCGCCACUGGCCGCCUUCGUCCUCGACAUGUUCUUCACCUCAAUGAUUGAGAUUGCCAAGGACUUCCGUGUCCCUGCCCUCGUGUUCUUUACCUCUGGAGCAACCUUCUUUGGCAUGACCCUUCACAUGCACACGCUCCGUGUCCGGGACAAUCUGGUAGCCUACGAGUGGGAGGACUCCGACUCGGAGUUGACCAUCCCCACUUUCGCAAACCCAUUCCCGUGGAGAAAUAUGCCCACUUUCCUCACGCGAAAGCAAUGGGACCCGAUUUUCAUGUCGUAUGCCAGCGGCCUCAAGGAAGCUGAUGGUUUUAUCAUAAACACCUUUGAGGAGCUCGACUGCUUCGGAGACCAUUAUCAAGUGGCUCGACGACCAACCUCCUUCCUCCGUAGUGUUUCUCUGCUUCGGGAGCAGAGGUUGGUUCCAUCAGGAGCAGGUCAGGGAGAUCGCGCGGGCUCUCGAGGACAGUGGGGCCCGCUUCCUUUGGUCCCUGCGCAAACCCCCACCUGAGGACUCUUUCAUGGGCGUGCCAUCUGAUUACUCUCUCCCUGAGCUCACAGAGCUUCUGCCUCAUGGGUUCCUGGAUCGGACGGCAGAAGUUGGAAGAGUCAUCGGAUGGGCCCCUCAGGCCCAAAUUCUGGCCCACAAAGCCACGGGUGGGUUUGUUUCGCAUUGCGGCUGGAAUUCUACGCUGGAGAGCAUAUAUUAUGGUGUGCCCAUUGCGGCAUGGCCGCUCUAUGCGGAACAGCAAUCCAAUGCAUUUCAGUUGGUGCGUGAGCUGAAGCUGGGUGUGGAAAUUUCGUUGGAAUUCAAGCAUGAGUUGAUGUUUGGAACUACCCGGGUGUUAAGUGCGGAGAAGAUCGAGAAAGGAAUAAGGAAUCUGUUAACGGAUGCGGAGGUGAGGAAGAGAAUGAAGGAGAUGAGUGAAAAGUGUAGGAGUACCAUGAAAGAGGGUGGAUGUUCAUACUCUCAUUUGGGGCGUUUGAUUGAUUAUUUAAUGGAUAAUCAAGUUAAUGUAUGAAUCAAAACUGCUCUUGUAAGUUGUAACCAUCAUAUCCAGAUGGAAUUCACAAUGCAACCAUACGCCGUCUCAGCUCUUUCAUUUUGUUAUACACACUUCAUUCUAAGUUAACAAAGCCAUUUUGGUUUAUUUUUCUUUGUUUUGAAUGGUUAGCUGCAAGAGUUAUGUGCUG